CUGGUCUAGGGAUGAGCGCUUCUACCGAGUUGGCUCGUGGUACCUCUGGAUUAGGAUUAGUCAUGCCAGGUGCACCAACAGCUCGAAUAAACUCUCAUAUGGAUGUGAAUGCGUACUUGUCUAUAAUCCAAGAGCCGACAAGUAUUGCCAAUCACGUAUGGGAUAUACCACUACAAGCACGACGUCCUUCACCGACAUUUGCCUCGACAUUUUCUCAACGGCCUAUGGUUAAUUCUGGAGGUGGGGUAAAUGCACUAGGAGGUCUAUCUACCUUUGCUUCUAUAUCACAGGGACAUCCAUCCACAGCAAUGGGAGUUCCACCACGUCAGUCUUCACCCACAAUCGGCAAUACUGAUCUUUACACAUCAAAUGCAUUUUUUCCCGAUCCCAUCUCAUCCCUGACUGACCGGUUUAAGAGCGUUCAAGGAGGCCCAGGCAACCUUACCCUGUCAACUGGACUGGCAUCACCCACCGUAUCACAACCUACGCAUGACAUGCAAGAUUGGCAGCGACAACGUAAUGGGUCAUUGAAUAGCAAGGAAACCACUGCGGAAGAGUGGCCUCAUUCUGCGUUCAACUAGCCUUGAUUCAUGGCACAUUUUUGUGAUACUAUUCAUAUGAAUGUGUUGGUUGAUUGUUACAUAUCUCAUUCUUUUUUCUUUACAUAAACAAGUUUUACCUU